AUGGCAUCAGCACUAGAAUAUUUCCAUUAUGGUUAUUCAACAACUAUUGAUCAUGGUGAUUUGAAGCCUAGCAACAUCUUACUAGAUGAAGAUUUGGUUGCACAUGUUGCUGAUUUUGGUAUAGCUAAACUAUUAGGCGAUGGAGAUUCUAUGAUGCGAACCAUGACUCUCGCUACUAUCGGUUAUAAGGCACCAGUUGAUGCAGCCAUUCCAAAUAUUGCAACAGAUCAAUCUGCUCUUCUUGCCUUAAAGUUUGGUAUUUCUCAUCCCGACCCUGAUCAUAAUAUUCUAGCGAGCAAUUGGUCGACCAAUACAUCUGUUUGCAGUUGGAUUGGUGUCACUUGUGGUUCUAAACAUCACCGAGUCAUAGCCUUGAACCUUGCUUACAUGGGUCUUGAGGGUACCAUUCCUCCACAGAUAGGAAACCUUUCAUUUCUUGUUAGUCUGGGCCUAAGAAACAAUAGUUUCCAUUAG